AACGAGCCAUCGACGGUUCGGCCAUAAAUGGCACGGACUUCAGCAGUUCAGCUUCCCACCUUCCUCCGAGCUCCCAGUCUCCCAACGUUGUCUGCGCUAGACCCAGGAGAUGGAGGCGCGGGGGGGAGGGGAGGAGGAGGAGGAGGAGACGCGCCGCCGCCGCCGCGUGGUGCUGGUGACGGGCUGCUCGGAGGGCGGGAUCGGGGACGUGAUGGCGCGGGAGUUCGCGGCGGCGGGGUGCGCCGUCGUGGCGACGGCGCGGUCGCGCGCCUCCAUGCGGGGGCUCGAUGGGGACCCGCGGUACCUGCUGCUGGAGCUCGACGUCCGCUCCGACGAGAGCGCGCGCGCCGCCGUGGCCGACGCCGUGCGGGAGCUCGGCCGCGUCGACGUGCUCGUCAACAACGCCGGGGUCCACCUCGUCGCGCCGCUCGCCGAGGUGCCCAUGGAUGCCUUCCACCAGGUGUUCGACACCAAUGUCUAUGGAGCAAUGAGGCUGAUUCAGGCUGUUAUUCCCCAAAUGAUGGAAAGGAAACAAGGCACAAUUGUGAAUGUUGGAAGUAUUACAGCUUUGGCUCCUGGACCAUGGGCCGGUGCAUAUUCAGCAUCAAAAGCUGCUCUUCACGCAUUGAGUGACUCACUGAGGUUGGAGCUAAAAAGUUUUGGUAUUAAUGUUAUGACUGUUGCCCCUGGAGGUACAAAGUCGAAUUUAGGAAGUACCUCUGCAUCCAAGUAUGAUCAAAUACAUGACUGGAAGUACUACAAAAAAUACGAGGAGUCCCUCAGAGCCAGGACUGAUGUUUCCCAGGGUCCAGGUUCUACUCCAGCAGAAGACCUCGCAAAAAGGGUUGUUGCUUUGGUUCUUAAGAAGAAUCCUCCAGCCUGGUUUGCUUACGGCCAGUUCAGUGCUAUCUUAAACUUGUUGUACUAUUCACCUCUAUGGUUUAGGGAUUACUUCUACAGGCUUGUCAUGAAAUGCUAGAACCUGGGAGGUUAGUAAUUUCAAAUGCCCAACAGCCCAAGAUUGCCACGCAGACCCCAAUUUUAAUCAUGCUACUUGUCUGCUGCGAAACAGUUUUUAGCACACGGGUGUAUGUACACCCGUAUGCUUGCAUGUCAUCUAAAUA